AUGUUCUGUAAUCAACCGCCGACCAUGGAAACAAUCAAUCAUUACGGUCGCAAUCUCCUCGUCGAAGCCGGCCAGAAUCUCCAGGAUGUUUUGUUUCGUGGCGGACAAGACAACAACCCCCGUGCGCUGGAAGGAUUCCUUCCUACCUGCACCAACUUCGCCAUCCCCAGGGAGAUUGAUUACAUUCGGGUUGGGGAUCACGGCAAAGCCUUUAUCGAGCGGCGCGCAUCAGCUGGAGGCGGUUACUUCAUAUCAGAGCGAAGGUUCACCGCGUUCAUUCUUGACGAUCUUGUGAAACUACCAGACCUACUACGUCACUUGGCAGAGCAUGCUUCGAUGGACAACGAUGAGAUUGAUGAGAUUGUUUUCACCAAUGCAAACUUCCCCGGUCGGACUAUCUUGGUAGAAGGAGACAAAAACACGGCCAUUCACGACUGGAAGAUAAUGGCCUUUCUGUCUCGUCUGCUGCGCCUCUAA